CUAAAAUGAAGGUUUUUAACAAUUUUCAAUAUUUGUUUUUAUUUGUUAUUGCGUUUUCAACGUGACCGCUAGCCCCCAAAGCAGUUACGCUUUCACAAAUUCACAGACUUCUAGGUUUCCUCCCCACCGUUGCUUUCUGGCCAUUCACCCCUCCCUUUAUAAACCUGGUUUUGAAGAAGAAGAAGAAGGGGGCAAUUCAUUCCUUCAAAUAAAUAAUCUUGAAAUUCCGUAUGGGGUUGAUCUGAGCAGUGCAAAGUUCUAAUCUUUCAGCAAAACCAUUAGUGUUCCGCAGAGAGGAGUUUCUGUUCCUGGUGCAUCAAUGGCGUCUCAGUCGGCAAAUUUGUGGGUGUUGUUAGGGCUAGGGUUGGCAGGGAUACUCAUGAUGACGAGGAAGCUGAAGAAAGCAGUUAAAGCUGACUUUGGGGCUUUCCUUGAGCGGUUUCAGCUUCUGCCGCCGCCUCAGCCGCUGCCGCCCAAAGCUCCUCACCCUCUCACUGGCCUCUCUUUCUCCGUUUCCGAUGUGUUUAAUAUCACUGGAUUUGUUACUGGUUUUGGCAAUCCAGACUGGUCGAAGACUCAUGAAUCUGCAACGCAGACGGCUAGUGCAGUUACUGCACUUGUAGAAGGAGGUGCAACAUGUGUCGGAAAGACUAUCGUAGAUGACAUGGCUUUAGGAUUAAGCGGAGAGAAUAAGCAUUAUGAUGUGCCAACUAAUCCCGCAUCUUCUUCACGAGUGGCUGGAGGUGCAUCUAGUGGUGCUUCAGUAGCUGUAGCUGCAAAACUUGUAGAUUUUUCUUUGGGCAUUGAUACUGAUGGCGGUGUGCGUGUCCCCGCGGGGUAUUGUGGAAUUCUUGGGUUUCGACCGUCACUUGGGAUAGUUUCUCACAUGGGGAUAAUUCCUGUCUCACCAAGCCUUGAUGUAGUUGGAUGGUUUGCUAGGGAUCCCAAUAUACUGCGUCGUGUUGGGCAUGUGCUGCUUCAGGUUCCGUUCACGGCUCAACGCAAUCCAAGGAACAUUGUGAUAGCUGAUGAUCUGUUUAAGUCAUUAAAUGUUCAUAUUAAUCGCACCUCUCAAGUAGUUGUUAAAGCCAUUGAAAAGCAGUUUGGAAGACAAAUGAUAAGACAUGAGACUCUGGAUUCCUAUUUAAGCAAAAAAGUUCCAAGCUUAAAGUCAUUCAAUAAAUUAAACAACGACGGUCAAUUGUCUACAAUAAGAUUGUUAGCACAUGUUGUCCAAGUACUCAAAAGGCAUGAAUUCAAGCGAAACCAUGAUGACUGGAUCAAUACUGUGAAACCUACAUUAGACCCUAUCGUUACAGCACAACUGCAUGGUGGUCUUGAUGUGACAGAUACUGAGAUUGAUAACUGCCAUGCUGUGAGGAAUGAAAUGCGAUCCGCUUUAAAUGAUCUUCUAAAGAGUGAUGGGAUUUUAGUCAUUCCCACCGUUUUUGAUCCUCCUCCAAAAACUGGCGCUAAAGAGAAUCAAUCCAUGGAAUAUCUACUUAGAGCUUGUUCGCUUGCUAGCUUGGCUAGCCUCUCUGGUGGGUGUCAGGCCACCUUACCUUUGGGGUUUCAUGAUAAAUGCCCAAUUUCUGUCUCCCUUGUAGCAAGGCAUGGAGGCGACAGGUUUCUACUUGAUGCGGUGCAUUCUUUAUAUGCAUCUGUGCAGGAACAGGUCGAAAUAGCUGCACAGCCGAUGCGCUCCAAUAAUGCUAUUAGCAAGGAAGAAUCGGCUGAGAUGGCUAAAGAAAAGGGCAACCAAGCUUUUAAAGAGAAACAAUGGCUGAGGGCUACUGGCUUCUAUUCCGAGGCUAUCAAACUCAAUGGCAAUAAUGGAACAUACUUUAGCAACCGAGCUGCGGCACACCUUGAGCUUGGAAGCUUUGUUCAAGCUGAAAUAGACUGCACGAAGGCCAUUGAACUUGAUAAGAAGAAUGUAAAAGCGUACUUUAGAAGGGGCACUGCAAGGGAAAUGCUUGGCUACUAUAACCAGGCCAUAGAAGAUUUCAAAUAUGCACUUAUCCUGGAGCCAACCAACAAGCGAGCAGCUCAGUGUGCUGAGAGGCUGAUGAAGCUGUUCCAAUGAAGAAGUAUAUAAUCCAUUAGAAUACCAUUUAUGCCCCCCUCCGGAGAUUGAAGAUGGUAUCCCUGCAAACAAAUGUGACAGUGUUUGAAAGGGGAGAAGCGGUUCAGCAUUAGUUUUGAGCAGUCCAUGCCUUUGACCAGAUGAGUUUGUAAUUAUAGUGCAAUUUUGCUCUAUCAUAAUC